AUGAUUGACCCAAUUGAUAAAAUUAUUGAAGAAACAUUUGUUUAUAAAAUUGAUAUGCUUCAUAAUCUUUCUUUAUCAUCGAAUGCUUCAAUGAUUCGUUACGCUUUAGCAUAUAAAGACUUUAAUCCUAAUGAAAAAUAUCCUGAGGAAGAGAUAGAAUCAAGUUUUGAAUUAACGAAAAAGUAUUGGAAAUAUAAAAUUGAAUCAUAUAAGAAACAAGAUGAAAAAGCAGAAAGGGAUACUAAAAAUAAUGUUUCAAUGGAUGAUUUUCAAUACUAUCACGAUUUAAUCCUUUCAUCUAAAUGCAAAAUGUGUGGUAAAGCGUUUACAUAUGCAAAUAAACCAACAUUGGAUAGAAUCGAUAAUGAAAAACCACAUACCAAAGAAAAUUGUCAGUUAAUGUGUUGUUAUUGCAAUGUCGUAAAAUCAAAUAAAAAUGAAGAUGUUCAACGUUUAAGAAUCAAUUUAAGAAAUUAUGCAUUAAAAAAUAAUUUACCAAUGACUUUAGAUUCAGUUGAAGCUUAUCACAUUCUCCGUAAUGGAAUUACUGGUGGUCUAUCAAAUGUUCAACAUAGAGUAAAUCUUAAAGGAAUCACGCACAUUAAUAAACUUUCAUAUAGUCCAGAAACUAAAACUGUAUCAAAUGAGGACACCACCAACAUUAUGACUCAUUUCGUUGGUGUUGAUUUUAAUUCAUUAUAUCCUUCAUCAUUUUCAUCUAAUCCUCAUGAUUUCAUUCAAUAUACUGACCAUAAAAUGUAUAUGCCGGGAAGAUUGAAUGGUGUUAUCAUUUGUGAUACAGCAACAAAGAAAGCAAAAGCACUGGGA